GGAAAAAGGAGAAUAUGGUUGCUCAGUAAACCCGACAGUGGCGGUAAUUAUAAUCAAGUGAAAACACUCAACAUGUUGAACGAGUUGGUGAAGAAGCGACUCGCGGCGGCAGCUGACGAAAUAUGCGGGCUGUUUGAAAGAACGAUAGCGUCGUACGCCGAGGAACUUUCUCGAACAAGAAAGGAAAACGAACGACGACGACAGCAACUGGAAGAGAUCUGCAAGACACACAUUGUGAUACACGUUGAAGACCUCCAGCAGCUGAUUGGUCGUCAAGAUGAACUUCCCCUUCUGCCCCAGCAGGGGCGCUCCACUUUGAAGCAGGAGGAUCCACAGCCCACCUUCGUUAAAGAGGAGGAGGAACUCUGGAUCACUCAGGAUGGAGAGCGUCUUCUAGUGCCAGAGGAGGAGGAGGAGGAUUUUGAAAAGUCGCCACUGACUAGUAUUUCUGUUAAGACUGAAAACCAUGAAGACAAGCCACCCGAGUCCUCACAGCGUCAUCACAGUCCAAGUGAGGAGAACAAAGGAGCGGAGCCUUCAAGCAGCAGCUCUCCACAACACAUCACAACAGAAGAUGAUGAAGACCACUGUGGAGGAUCACAUCUAUCAAAUAGCGAUGGCACGACAUCAUACUCUCCUAAAGACGGGGACGCCGCCAAAGAACCUUUGAGCAGCGAUACAGACUGUAAAGGUGAUAUGAGAACUCAAACUGACAACAAACACUCUGAAAAGCAGAUGGGUAAAAACCAGGGGGUUUUAGGGAACGUUCACCGGAGAACACACACAAGAAAAAAGCCCUUCAGUUGUUCAGUUUGUGGUAAAAGAUUAACGGAUAGAUCAGCGGUGGCGUCACACAUGACAACGCACACCGGAGAAAAACCUUUUAGUUGUUCGGUAUGUGGUAAAAAAAUCUCCCAUAAGUCAACUAUGGUAACACACAUGAGAAUACACACAGGAGAAACACCUUAUAGUUGUUCGGUGUGCUGGAAAAGCUUUUACAAAAAGUCAUCUGUAAUAAGACACAUGAGAACGCACACGGGCGAAAAGCCUUUUAGUUGUUCAUGGUGCGGCGAAAGAUUCUCUGUAAAGUCAAAUAUGGUACAACACCUGAGAACGCACACAGGAGAAAAACCUUUUAGUUGUUCUAUUUGUGGUAUAAGAUUCUCGCAAAAGUCAAAUAUGAUAAGACACAUGGCGAGAGCACACAAAACCUUAUGAUUGUUCUAUAUGUGGUGAAAUAUUCUCUUCAUAGCCACAAAUGGGACUGCUGGGUUGCUAGUAUAUAUGAUAGUAUAUAUCUGUAUCAUGAAUCAAUUUAAGUGGAAAAACUUAUUCGGGUGUUACCAUUUAGUGGUCAAUUGUACGGAAUAUGUACUUCACUGUGCAACCUACUAAUAAAAGUCUCAAUCAAUCAAUCAAUCAAUCAACCAUGUGACUUAGAAACCUUUCCCCUAACUUAAGGUUCCUAAAUAUGGCUAUUGUUCAUUUAACCCUUAGCAACGCACAUGUGAGCGUGUUUCAAAAGUGUAUAAGUAUUAGUAAACUUUGCAUACAGUUGCAAUUCUAAGACAUUAAAUGGCAGUAGUGUAUAGGCUACGGUGUGUUGCGUAGUCACGGAGUAGUCGUCGCCAUGAAGCUGAAUCGAGGCUUCUGUUGCUCCCUACAAAGUAUUUAUACUGUAAGUAGGGCUGGGCGGUAUUGCGGUGUUAAAGUUUAUACUGGUAUAUUUUAGAAAGCGGUAUUUGAGACAAUACCGCCAUGCCGGUAUAUUUUGGUGUGCCUUUGUUACGGCCGUUAGCGGUCCGGUGCGUCACGCCCAGCAGACACCGUAGCGGAGGAAAGAUCCGGCAGGUGGCAAGGGCCUACUGUUAUGGUCAUUUAUUUUGAACGUUUUAAAGAUUUUUUUUUUUUUUUUACGAAUUGUUAAUAACCACAAAUAAGUGAAAUAGUUAAAAUCUAAAAUUAUUUGUGUGCCUACCUGUAAUGUAUUUUGUGGACUGGAUUACCAUGAAUGAGAUUCUAUAAAGUAAUUAUACAAAUAAUUUAUAGGUUUGAUUUUUUGACAUUUAUGAUAUUCUUGGUUGGUCACUUUAUCAAUAAUUUUCCAAUGUUUACUUCAAAGUUUAUCCUUCGUUUGUUUAAAUAGGUGAAUAAAAACAAUGUGACUUUUUUCAGUGUUGCAUCUUUCUUAACGUCAAUAAUCCCAAAUUUUACAAAAUGUAUAAACUUUAGUUUUAUUCUUUAAAUAUGAUUAAAUUGGGUUUCCAACCUGUGGCUCAAAAAGUUUUCAUGCACUUCUACUUAACAGUUUUAUUCUAUUUACAAUAUGUUUAUAUGGCAUUAUUACUCAUCAGUUCUCAUGUGACAUAUUGAGCAUGUAAAAUAUAUAUUAUGACCCGAAAUUAUGAGGCACAUAUUUGUCACUAUUCACAACCGUCUGUUGGUGUACUUAUCGGUCAAAUUAUGGUAAAUAUUUCGGGACAAUUAAGAUGGAAAAAGCCAAAACUAAAUCACAGUUCCAUGUCUGGCAAAACUCUAAACGCUGAUCAAAUUCCCAAUAAUGUUUUUAAAUAAUCAAUCAGUCCCAUUGGUUUUGUUGUUUCCAUUGAUUAGUUUGGUGAUCCGUAGUGGUUAAUAUGUGUCUUUAUUACCAAAGCUUUCUUUUUGGACACUCAAUUUAUGUAACUAAAUUGUUUGCGUUUGAAUUUUGUCAACUGAUUUUUAUCUUUUAUUUAUUUAUUUAUUAAUUUUUUUACAGCAAAUUAUGCUGACAAUUUUAUUGAAUAAAUUGUGUGAGCAAAAUGUAUUGACGUUGAUUUAUGUUUUCAUCACAACUGA